CAUUAAACAGUUUGACAACCUCCAGAAAACUUAGAGACGCUGCAUUUCACUCCUUUCACUUUGCUUGCACGCUGAGUUUAAAGAAACUUAAUAGGUAUCUAUUUAUAUUGUGCACAUCUCAGUAGAAGUCAGUCACCGUUAGAUCACAGGUUUUCUUAUCGGUCCUUGUUUAAGUAGCUUCGUGCACUUUUAUAGAAACAGCCUGCAACAACAAGAGGCUAUUGCAGUGCAGUCACAUAUGUGUUGUACCCCACAUGUUUUGUGUGCUCUGAGAGGUGAUGAAGAUGGGAACAGCGCUGAUUUAUGAUGAGGAGAUGACCAAAUACAAGCUGCUCUGGGUAGAUCCGGCAUGUAAGAUCGAGGUGCCCGAGCGCUUGACUGUGAGUCAUGAAGCUUUGGUCAGGACUGGUUUGGCUGAUCGAUGUGUCUCCAUACCUGUCCGCGAGGCCACGGACACAGACAUUCUGCUGGCUCACAGCGAAGAAUACCUGGAGGCAGUGAAAAAGACUCCUUACAUGACUCUGGAGGACUUGAAGGAGUUCACCCUCCAGUAUGGUGAUGUCUACUUCCACCCAAACAUCUAUCACUGUGCCAAACUGGCUGCAGGAGCUGCACUACAACUGGUGGACAGUGUUAUGACGGGGAAAGUGAGGAACGGCAUGGCUCUCGUCAGACCACCAGGACACCACAGUAUGCGCGGUGCUGCUAAUGGCUUCUGUGUGUUCAACAACGUGGCCAUAGCAGCUCGGUAUGCCAAACAGAAAUAUGGACUUAAAAGGGUGUUGAUAGUAGACUGGGAUAUACAUCACGGUCAGGGGGUGCAGUUUUGCUUUGAAGACGAUCCAAGCGUCCUCUACUUCUCUUGGCACCGCUAUGAGCAUCAGAAAUUCUGGCCUCAGCUCAGAGAAUCAGAGUAUGAUAACGUUGGCAAAGAGAAAGGGGCUGGAUUCAAUAUAAAUGUACCAUGGAACAAGGUGGGAAUGGAGAACAGUGACUAUCUGUCAGUCUUCUGUCACGUCCUCCUACCAGUCGCGUACGAGUUUUGUCCAGAUUUGGUGUUGGUGUGUGCAGGCUUUGACUCAGCCAUCGGUGACCCAGAGGGUGAAAUGUGUGCCACUCCCGACAUCUUCGCCCACCUGACUCACCUCCUAAUGAAUCUAGCAGGAGGGAGACUGUGUGCGGUGCUCGAGGGAGGAUACAACUUGACUUCCCUCCCUCAGUCUGUGUGUCAGACAGUUCAGACUUUGCUUGGAGAUCCUUUGCCUCGACCUGCAAACCUCAGCGCUCCCUGUACAAGUGCUCUCGAGUCUCUUCACUGUGUCCGAUCAGCUCAUAGGCCGUACUGGUCCUGCCUCAAACAUGCAGCUGAUCCACCAACCUCUGAUAUCAGCACCAAGCGCAUUAAAUUAGCAGAAGUGGAAGAAGAAGAAAAGACAGUGAAGGAAGAGGAAGAGAAAAGCGCAGAGGAAAAGGUGUGGCCCGAGCCUCCAAAACGUGUCGCUCCUCCUGUUCGUUGUGCUGCCGUGCUCACCGGCGCUGUGGCUUGUCCAGAAGGAUGUAAACGCUUCAGCUCCUCAGAGGAUCUCGACCCACUCAUAGCCAGCAAACUCAGGGAGAAUUUCCUCAAAGAUGCAGAUGAUAGUGAUGCUCUCACAGCCCUCUCCAGUCUUAUCAGCCUCACCGAGAAAAUGAACAAGAAUGAGAUUUGCAAUGGCCUGGCGCUGGUCUGUGACGUCUCCAUGGCGAUGAUGUGUGUUGUCCAGCAUGUCGCAGCUUCUCUCAGCAAUCGGGUUUUGGUCGUCUGUGUCGGCAAUGGGAAGGUCCUGAGUCACAUCACAGGAGACCGGAAAACACUUGUGGUUCAGAUCAGCAGUGAAGACAAAGAGGAACAGAAAUGCAAAUAUUACAUUCCCGUGUGUUUAAAGAAGGGCUGCAGUGACGUGUCAGGGUUCAUACAGGCUGUGUUUGGCCUCCUUCUACCUCUGGGGUAUGAGUACGACCCCAAUCUUGUUCUGUUGGUUCGGAUGCCAGAUAGUGAAGUACAUGUCAGCGUGUGGCAGCAGCUGACGGCCCUGCUGCAGAGCUUUGCACAAGGACACACACUGGUGCUAAUGCAGGAGGAUGAGGAGGCUUGUGUCGCCCCCACAGCCUCCUGCCUCCUCGGGGACCCGGCUCCUCCUCUGGAGCAGCUCCAGGCUGCACUACCAGAGGAUGUGGAGGCCAUGGAGAGACUUAGAUGCAAACUGCAGGCUGACUGGAAGCUCCUGCAGACCACAGCACCAGAAACCGGAGGAGGUGAUGAACGCUGAAGCUGUGCUGCUCCUGUUUAAUCCUUCAGAAGACAUGAAGGACAUCAGUCAGACUUUUCAAUGUAAUUUUGUAUUUUUUUAGCUGUUUUUACUGUCCAAGUGAGAGCACAAAUAUUAAACACUGUAUGAAAGAACUGAACCUUUUAGCUCAGUGUAUGUUAAUAAUAUUGUCGGAAUCUGUGAAAUAUGUUCUUGCAUCAGUAAUAGUCAUGUGCGUAAUGAAGGCCUAUACAGUCCAAUGAGGUGAGCGACUUCUCCUAUAAGUCAGACUCUACUGUGUGAAUGCAUGCAGUCUAAAAUGCACUAUUUGGGCCUUUAUGUAACUGAUUGUUUAUAAUAAUUGAAAGAAGGCUGCAGCUUUUCAUUACUGAUUAAACUAAUGAUUAUUUCCUGGUUAAAACAUGGCAGAAAAUAGUAUAGAAUCUCAAAAAGUAUUUCCUACACCCUAAAUAAAAAUGUUUAGACUGUU